AUGUCCCGCGUGCAGGCCUUCAGGAGCCUGCAGGGCCUCUGCUCUGCGCAGAUGCGCCAGCAGGGCCAGGGACUCGCAGCCAUAGGCAUGCAGCAUGCCAGGGAGUACGCGAGCGUGCCAGAGUUUUGGGGCCGCGAGUCCACCUACCACCCAGGCACCGACUUCCUCGGAACCCCAAAGAAUCAUCUGGACUUGGUGGCAAAGCGCCCCCUGUCCCCCGACGUCAUGGAGAUUGACCACAAGCAGCUGCACUACAAGAUGCCCCCGGGUGCCAUUUCCUCCAUCACCAACCGUGCCACUGGUGUCAUGCUGUCCCUCGGUUCCGGGCUCACCGGGUACCUUGCCCUCACAGGCGCCCUUUCGGGGGCCGUGGAGGCCCUCACCGCCGCCCCGCUCCUGCUGUACCCCGCCAAGGCGCUGAUCGCCUGGCCCCUGCUGUACCACUAUGGCGGCGGCGUGCGCCACCUGUACUGGGACGAGUACAAGUACGGCAUCCAGGUGGACAAGACCUCGCCGCUGGAGGUCCCCGCCGUGACGGCCAGCAGCAGGGGCCUGCUGUACGGCAGCAUCGCGGCGUCGGUGCUGCUGGCCGCAGUCAGCCUCUGA